AUGACUCCUCUCAGGGAGAAGGGGUCCAGCCUGCCAGGGCAGACCAAGGCACAAUGACAGCUACUCCAAAACACUCGCUCUUCACACCAGAACCUCACUACAUCCCUGGCUAUGCUGGCUUCUACCCUCAGCUGCGAUACCAGGUGGGGAACACCUACGGGCGCACCACGGCGCGGUUGCUCACAGACCCCAGUGUGCAGAAGAGCCCCUGCUCUGUGCUGUCCCCCAUGACCAAGCCCAAGUUUAUUGAGGACUUCAGCAGGUCCAAACCUCCUUAUGUUCCCUGCCGGGACCUGACUGAGCCUCAUAUUCCCCACUACACGGGUCAGAAGCCCUACAAGAACUUUGAGAUCCUGGGCAAACUGCCACUACAGGAGGUGGACACCCAGGGGCCACCAGGAGCAGAGAACAUGUCCAGACAGGUUGCGGUGCCUGCUGGCUUCAUGCCCUAUCCCCCCUACCCACCAUGCCCGCCAGGCAGGAAGGGCUCCAGUGACAUGGGACACCCGGGCCUGCGACUGGCAUAUGGGGAAGAGGCCUGGAAAACUGCCAAGCCUGUCCACAGGACCCCAGGGCAGCAUCAGCUGUAUCACUGCAGGAGGGACGAGUACCCUCCCCCACCCCUUCAGCUGGAGACACUCGAUGUGGAUAGGUUCCAGCGGCUGCCCCAGCUGGACCAUCCCAACCUAAUCCAAAGAAAAGCCAUCUCAGGCUAUGCUGGCUUCAUCCCUCGCUUCACCUGGGUGAUGGGGAUCAAUUACCGCGACGGAGUCUCACAGGCUAUGGACGAGUUUGACAAGAACCAGUUCCUGUCCAGAAACCCUGUUUGUCCACUGGGGGAAAGGCUGCCGAGGACACACUGGCCUCACACCACCAUCUAUAGAAGCCAGGGACUGAUCCCCUUCUACAUGGGCUUCAUCCCUUCCAUGCAAGACAACUACGCAAUGACAUUUGGCAACAGUACUCGAAAGGCCUAUCAGAAGGAACUUGAGAGGCGAAACCACACACUAUGAAAAUGCUUUUAAUGGUCUGCCUGUACAGGAUGUGAUGUCAAGACAAAGACAGCAGUGCAGAGUGAGAAAGGGUUAUCCGCAGACUGUGGGUGAAUAAAGAGUUCACACUGCUUCCACACUUUACCAGCUAACGGCUCUAUGCCACCUCCUCCUCAGCUUCCUCCUCAAACUCGCCCUCUUCCUCAGCCGUGGCGUCCUGGUACUGCUGGUACUCGGACACCAGGUCGUUCAUGUUACUCUCGGCCUCGGUGAACUCCAUCUCAUCCAUACCUUCACCU